AAUUUAUAAAAUAUAUAAAUAAUAUAUAUAAAAUAAAUUAAUAAUAAUGUGAUAUUUAAAUAUAUUUUCUACUAAAUUUAGGUAUUAGUUUAAUUUUUUAUUCAUUUGACUUUGUCUUUCUUAGGGCUGUUUUUACAAUGUCCGGUUAAGUGUUGGUCAAGAUUAACCGGUAGAAUUUCAUCGCUUAACUCAUGAUAAAUUCAUAAAUUUAACGUUAUCAGGCACUAAUCGAACAUUGUAAGAACAGCUCUUACUGUUACUAAUUUUAAUAAUGGUUUUUUCAACUAGGACAUUCAUCAAAAUUUACAUAGAAAUAAGUUCAGACGAAGAAAUUGAAAAAGAGAUUGAAAUAAUUGAAGAAAACUACAAAAUAAUACUUGAAGAAGGACAAAUAAAACUAAAUGAUUAUAAGAUGUUGAAUUCAUAUGAAUUCAUUAAUGAUAUUCUUAUAGAAUUUUAUUUAAAUGAUUGGUAUACUAAAAAAUUAAGUGAGGAAGAUAGAGAACGAACGUAUGUAUUUAGUACACACUUUUAUACUACUCUGGCGAAAUCAUUUAAUGCCUCUGAUUAUCCAGCACACUACACAGCAUCACAGAUAAGACACGGAAAAGUAAAAAGAUGGACAAAAAAUGUAGACAUAUUCCAGAAAGAUUUUGUUUUUAUACCUGUGAAUGAAAAUGAACAUUGGUUUUUAGCAGUAAUUUGUUUUCCGUACCUAUCAGGUAAAGUUAAUAUGAGAGAUGGAACUCCAGUAAAUGAACCUGAUGAUGAUGCUGGUGGAUAUCCAUGGCCACGCAUUACAUAUUCUGCUGUUCGUGAUCGUAGUGAAGCUGACCCUAAUGAUGAAGAUCUUCGUUUGUUUGAUAUGACAUCAAGAGAAAACCUAUCUACAAAACAAGGGCUUGAUUAUGAAACUGAUGCUUGGGUUACAAAAACAUUCAGACAAAUACAAGUUAAACGGUCUUGCAUUUUAGUGUUGGAUUCCUAUUUUGGUGGUGUUGACCGUGCCAGAAUCACAGCUACACUACGUGGUUGGUUAGAACAAGAAUAUUUUGUUAAGCAUCCAGGACAAAUAAAAGAUUUUAGUCCUGAAGCUAUAAAAGGAGCUGCACUUAGGGUACCUCAACAACCGAAUUAUACAGAUUGUGGUCUUUUUAUGAUUCAUUUUGUUGAAAUGUUUUUUAAAGUAAGUCAACUAAUUAUUGUAUUUUAAUACACAUGUUAAAUCUUACCAUAUUUUAUAGGACGAUUGUGGAUUACACUUUUCCGAUUCGUUAUUUAGAAAACUGGUUUUCUGUUGAUGAAGUUGUUGUGAACUGCCAAAAAAGAAAAGAAUUACAAUAUGUUAUACUUAAUAAGAUGAAAGAGAAAAGAUCUACUAUGCCCGAAGAAAUAGAAUUGCCAAUUCUUGAUAUAGAUUACAUGUUAUAAAUAAUUUCAUUAACCCGUUUGACGUUAUUUAAAAUUGUAAAAAUUAACGAGAUUUGUUAUUUAAAAAUACAUUUUUGGUUUGUCAAUGUUCAUUUCAAUUCAUCUGCUUUAAAAUCAGUUUUUAAAAUGUAUUAUAUUUGCCUCUUUUAAAUUUGAUAUCCUUAUUUGGUUAGAAUUUGUUUUGACAAUAAUGUUAUGUAUAUAAAAAUCCAUGUGUAUUAAGUUUAUAUUUCAAUAUGCUGUUGUCAUUGUUGUAAUGUAUAAUGCUUACGGUUUUUAUGGUUUAUAACAAUGUAAUUAAUUUUGA